UACAUAGUAGCCUAUACCUCGCUGUUAGUUCUAAAGUAUCGGUGACAGUGACAGGAGUCAAUAGGCACCAUGCUCCGAAUAUGCUUGGCAUUUCUAAUCUUGUGCAUCUCUGUUCUGUACUGUUCUGGUAAUUCCAAUUUUGACUGUAAGUAUUACUUUUUAUUAUUAUAUAUGAGAAGCAGGGACUUUUUAAUUAGUUUUAAUUAGUGUUAAAGGAAGAAAAUAUUGCUUUAGCAAAGAUUUCUGCCUAGUUCCAUUUAUCUAUGGCAUCAUAUCAUUUUUUUAUACCUUAUCACAGGUAUGUAAUGUAAACCAGAUCUUUCAACGUCAUUUUAAGACUACGUAGAGGUGUAAUGUCUGCAUAUAGAUGGUUCACAUUAGAGCUCACUUUCAAUUUUCUCAUCACGGGAAUUGUAAUAUUUUUAUAUGGUAUUGUUUAAUGUUUGGAAAAAAAACAAGUUCCACAAAAUUUUAAAGAAUUUUUUACUAAUGUGAGAUUUGCCGGGAAUUCAAAGAUGAUUCCAAAUGAAAGGUCAAUACAGAAUUAAUGCGUAGUGUCUUUUAAUCCAGUAUUUCAGUUUACAUUUUAAUAUUCCCUUUGAAUAUCACUUUAGUAAACAACCCCGUAACUUUACCCUGUUUGGAGCAGUUAUUCACACUUAUCACAAGAAAUAAAUGUAACUCUGCUAAAUGAACAUCAGUUAUUCCAUGGACAUCUAUGGCAAAACUGCUUUUCAGUCAGACAUGCAUAUUCUUGGUCUUUCUAGGGUUUAUUGCUGGAUGGAAAAUGUGCAAAAUGGAAAAAAAAAAUGUAAGAAUGAAAUUCUUUCACUCCACAUUUUUUAAAAAUUUAAAAAAAAAAUUCUAAAGGCAUGAUGUGCAAUUCUUUCUUUUUUGAUCAGGAAUGUUAUGCAAUAUUUUAGACUGAGAUGCAAUGUGUUCAUUCCAAAUUAAAUAACCAAGUCAAAGACUUAAAGGAAUUAAUCUGCAACCACAGCUUGGUGCUGGAAGUUAGUGUUGGGUUUGUACACUCCAUACCCGCACUAAGUCUAGCUCCUGAAAUAACAAAAUAUUGCUAUAAUACAGGAGCUAUGGACGGGUAGAAUCUUCUACUUACAUAGUCACAUUUUAGUGUUACAUCUUGGAUACAUGUAUCUCUUGCUGGGGACAGACAAAUGGCAUUUACCCUUUGACAUUAUAAAUUAUCAUUGUGCUUUAACAGCUUGCAAUAUACAUUUAAAUUAUGUGUACAGUGCAAAGAAAUCUGAUGGUGCUAUAAAAAUAAUAAAAUAAUAAUAUAUUUUAUAUUUAUCUCCCCGUGUGAACAGUUAAUGUGAGUGUUAUCAUUUUUCAGGUAUAUUUAAAAAAUAUAACUGUUUAAAAUUGUUGUGCUGAAGUAAUACCCACCUAAGCAGAGUCCUUUCAGUAUAUUUGAGUGGGUUCCGCUGUAUAAGAAUCUCUUUAUGAUGUUGGUCAACCAACUGGCAAAUGUUGGUUCUUCUAUUUAACCAAGUAGUUACGGUCCAUGCCCUAAGGAAGGUCUGCAAGACACGGGUGUUAAAACGAGUUUAAAAAGCACAAACUGUGCUCACCCCCUCCCAAGCUGUCUGUUUAGAGACAUGUUGGAACAUGUUUUUCACAAAACUAUCCAUGAAGAAGGUUGAGUAUGUCUGAUGUCACUCUCCAUUUUUACGAGAGGACAUUUCCUGACAGGACCUUGGUCCAAGUGUUUUGUGUGUAACUUUAAUGUGGGAUUGUCUUCUUUUAAACAAUGACUCCCAGCCAUGAGUUAGACAUGCAAUACAAAUUGAACUUUACACCUUAGUGUUAAGAAAUUAUAUAGCUGAAUAUGAAUUGAGUGUUGAUACAUUUAAAACCGAAGUACAUCUUUUUUUCACUGGCUUUAUUAUUAAAACAUUAUUAUUUACUAAAGUCAAAAUUGCUGGGAAUUUAAAGUAAAUUUAAAAUUUAUGGCCAAAAUAGACAAACGGAAAACAGAGUUGGCUUGAAGAAUUUUUCUAAUUUGGCUAUUUUAGUCUACAUUUUGGAAUUCACUUUGUGAAUAAGAGAGUCAUUACAAUGACUGAUGGGCUUGCAGAUACUAGUUAAGUGAUGGCUUUAAUACUGAAUAUGUGUGAUCCAGCAUAGAUGAGGAAUACUCAAAGAUAAGGUGGAAUGCUCUCGGAUAUCAUAUAUCUUGGCAUCUUUUUGAGCAUUAACUUAGAGAAAGUAGAGAUUUCCUGCCUCCUCCUAAUUAAACCACUAGGGAAUGACCAGAAGCCCUUGUCAACAUCAACAUACCACCUAAGGCAGGGUUGCUCAACUUUUCGAAAGUUGAAGGCCACUUUGCAAAUUUGAUACACGUCCCUGGCCACACAGUAGACAACAUUUAUAAAGAAUACAAUAGCAAUUAAGGGAAUUAAAGGUUUGGUUAAAGGUACUUUAAAAGACAGUCAGGCCAUUGCAGUGCAACUAUCUUUUUAACCCUACAAUGUAAAACAUCGCUGUUUAUAGAAAUGGCUAUGUCUUCAUUGCUUCUGAAAAGGGCGAAGAUUCUAAAUAGGACAAUGUUUCUUCCCUUUUCUACAUGAUUUUGGUAAAUUCUAGGACAUACACUUUAUUAAACUUAAUAUUAAAGUCUGAGACACACUGAAGGCCAGUGACAUACAUUUGGGGAUGCCUUAGAGUCUCCAUUCCAUAUACAGAGAAGGGGGUUAGUUACAAUAUGCAGGCACAGAAAUCUUAGAAUCUUUCUUGGAACUCAGUCUGGAACUAAGACAUUGCAGCCACAUAGUGAGGAGAGUAUUUUAUGUAUGUCCAUCAGGAACCACCCCCGAGUAAUGGCAUUAAAUUCUUUCCACUCAUGCCUGUUGAGAAGUUGACAUUUUUCGUUUUUACUGGCUCAGCUUCUUAAUCAAAACUAACUACAUUGCCUUAUUUGAAUAUAUUUGUGUUUUUGAACUAAAGGUUCCCGCAGGACAUGGGUUGAGCAUCCGUGGUCUAAGACAAGCAAAUGGGCAGAUAAACAUAAAAUAUUGUAUCAGUUGAAGGGAUUAAACUAUUUCAGUUCAUGGCAAUCCCCUGCUCCUUGUUAUGUUCAUAAAUGUAAAGAAGUUCACAUAAAAACAUUUCCAGCAUUUAUCCUGCAAUCGUUUUAUAAAUCAGUCCACCAGAAGUUAAUAGAGAAAGCUUGAAAAACAAAACGUAACCUGAACUAGGCACGGUUCCUAUAAAAGAAAAAGAAAAACUGAGUUCAGGGUGUACAAACAGGUUUGUGUAGUUUAAAAGCUUAUAAUAAGUGUUUCCUUGUUUGCCAUUCUCUAAGUUAUAUUCAUGUGUAUUACUUGUUUUCUCUUUACAGACCGUAGACCCAUUAAAGUCAAAAUUGAUUGUUGUGAAUCAGUAUCUAAAGCAAGGAUUAAAGAAAUAGCCACGUUCAAGAGACAAUCUGCUGCUGAUAAGUGUGUCGAGGCUGUCAUGUAAGUACCAUAUAGCCAUAUGUAUAUAAUGUAUAGUCAAAAAUAUAUGUAUUUAUUAAAUAUACAUUACAUGGAUGGAUAUUCCAUAUUUUAAGUAUCUUAAGUAUGGUGUUGUUUCGACCUUCCACUUCUUUUACAUUUUUACAACUCAUGAGCACCUAUCACAAUUAUAUACAGCUCAAUCAUCUAUUUUUUUUUGCCUGUAGAAGAAUACAGAAGUUCAGUCAGUUUUGAUAUACAACUGUGUAAUACCUGUAAAGAGUUCAGUUGAUGUUUGUAUAGGUACAUAAUAUAAUAUCACAACUUGCCCAUAAGCAAUGGCUAAUGCCAAAUGUUUCAACUGCAUAUUUCCCGUAAAAGUCUCUUCCUCUUCAUUAACUAUGCAAUCUUGAUGUUCCAGAUUCCAUACCAAAAACAACGGGUCCUUCUGCUCUGACCCAAAGGCGAAGUGGGUGAGGAGAACGAUUAGGAAGAUGGAAAAUAAAGGCACCUUAGUACCUAAGGGUGGAAAGAAGGGCGGAAGGAAGGGAGGGAACAAUCAAAAGAAGAAAACAUCUAACAAAACAAAUCCAGUGAGUAUGGAAAACCUAUUUAGCUGCUUACAUUAAGUACAUUUUUUUAGCUUAAUUUCAUACUACAGUACAUUUAAAUUAAAAAUUACAGUUAACAUCAUUUAUCGUAUUGUUCGAAAAAUAAGAUAAGACAGCUUGCUUAUGACCGAAACUCUUUGUCAGUCUUGUUAUGAUGUAAAGUGCUGCAGAAUAUAUAAUAUGAUUGGGAAAUUAUUAAUUCGUAAUAAUUAAUCAUCUGAUUGUGGCAAAAUAUUUUUGUAUUAAUAUUGUUCUGCAACCUGUUCUAUUCUUUGUUAUUACUUUGCUACAUGUAUAUUCCAUGCUUUGGACCUGCAAGUUGCAUUAUUUUGCUACAUGUUGUUUCUGUUCCAGCUUAGGACCUGCAGGCUGCAUUCUCCCGUAUUGUGUAUCUCCCAGCUACAUGCGUUAGUAAUACUGGGAAUAUAAAUGUAUUCUGACAUACAACAGGAUAUUCUCACACUUACCAAAUAUGAGUGUUAAACACCACUUACUGAUUGGUUGCAGUUUGAAACAUUUUGGAGCAGGCCCUUUCUCAGAUGCAUUAUUUAAUAACGUACAUUUCACCUAUAUCUAAAGUUGCCAGCUGAAUUGUCUGCAUAUUGUGCAAUUUUCCUGCAAGCAUAUCUUACAUUGAAAAAAGAGCGUGAAAAAUACUUUUGAAAUGGUUUUUUUCCUUCCAUUUCUGCUGGCUCAACUGCAUCGAAAACAGGUUCUAUUCUUGCAAGCAAUUGCUUAAGAGGUGAAGUCUGAGGGCUCGUUUUUCCACAUCUAUAAAUUAAACAAACAGCCAGAUCUUACAAAGUUGUGGUUAACGCUGUCCUGAGAUAUAUCUCCAGCGGGGAACUCGCACAAACAUGAGUGCUUUUUUCUGAAUUCUGUUUGAAGGUGUGAAAACCACAAACACAUGUCACAGUGAGAUACAGUGUGUCAAACAAGUUUAAGCUACAUAUGCAUUAAGCUCAGACUUGCUCCUUGUUUAGUUUUUGUUUAGAAGACAUUAAAUAAUUUUAAACUUUGGAUCGUAUAACCUCCAAUUAAUAAUCAAAGUUUCAUGCGUUUUGCAACAAAUUAAUAUACAUUUUGUAACUGCUAAAGGAAACAUUUAUGUAACCCUUGUUGUUUCUUUCCUAGACUAUGACACCAUGAAAAUCCAGAAAAUUGCUUCUAGACUAGUCAUAUGAGGGUACAGACCCAGAAUGCUUUGCAGUGCAACAGUGAUUCAAGGUCACAUAGCUUUUCACGUUGAAGAAUUCCAAAAACUGCUAUUUAUGUUUUAUUAUUGUUUUUUACUGGAUAUGCAUAUUUUAUGUUUUAUAUUUUUUCCUAUUUAUUAAAUUAUCAGUUCAAAUGUUUUUCUAAAGUUAAAAUCAUGGUUGUUGCUUAACUUGAAGAAGUGUAAGUUUUUACAGAGCAAAGUAUUAUUAUGAAAAGGUAUUCACUGGCUUUUUCUUUAGGAGUAUGUGCAAUAUAUUCUUUUUUUUAUUAUUUAUUUAUUUUUUGCAUUUUGUUAUUUUACCAAAGUAGCAGAAAAUCUAUAUAUUUUCAAUAAGGUGUAUUAAAUGUCUAGACAGAUGAGAGGUUUAUCUAGGGCGGGGAGGGCAAAUUUUGGUCCAGGGACCAAGUGCAGAUGGUUCUACUCAGGUGGAGGAUGCAAUAUACUGCAUAUAGAUUUGACAGAUUCAGGCUACUGAAGGUUUAAAAUGGGGUGCCCAAAAGGUGACUGUAGUUCCUCAACAUCUGGGUAUCUAUUUUUUUGAUCACCCAUGGUUUAAGAUGUGCAACCUCCAUCAGUUUAACACGAACAGCAUGCAAGCACAAUCACAGAAAACUGUGCAUUCCUUAGAGAUGCAAACUCUGUUUCCUAUUGUCUCUACUCGACAAAUGACGACUGGUAUGGGUUAUGUGUGUCAUGAUCACUGUCUCAUUUCACCGUAUGGUCACUGGAAACAUUCCAAGGACAUAAUACACAUUCAAUCCAGCCUGGAAGCCCUAUCAGUCAUGGAUUUAGAAUUCACCAGUAAAUAUCUCAGUACGCCAAUCCUGACCUCAAUAGCAGUAGAACUCUGUAAAUAGACAUCCCAACACACCUUUUUAACUUUCAGAUAAAUGGUUUGAAGCAGCAGCCCACAUCCCCCUUGUUAGCUUUUCCAGGUUGGUGGAAAAGGGGGCAGUUGCCCCCUACACCUCUUUCCAAGCUUCCCAUGACUGUAUUAAAUACUGAGAACAAUAUGCUGGUGUGAUCUUCAACGAAAUAAGUAGGAGCAGAAAAGAAAUAGUUGUAUAUUUCCUUAGGAAUUUGCUUGAAUUCUAGGAACUGUAUGUUGAAAUUCCAUCUGUAUCCUUUCAAAAGGAUGUCCAGGGCUUCAAGCAGUACCGUGGAUAUAUCAGUUUUACAGUGUGAUGCAGCAAUCAUUCAAAAUGCUGAUAUAAGUACUAAUAUUGCCAUUCAACAAUAAAAGCAUUUUACAUGUACACAGUAUUCUGUUAAUAUUCCUGCCCGCUCGUUCGCUCAAAUUGCUAGGUGCUCCUGUGAAUUUACCCUGUGAUAUCAGCAAGAACAGGGGCAAAUUCAUACCAAACACAACCUGUUUGGGAGGAUAGAAAGGGAGUUUCUCUACUUCAAUAUUUAGCUUUUUAGUACCUAUAAUGGUAAUUCAGUAAAGAUGUGCCUAUUCCAGUAAAAUUCUCUUUGCUAUAACAGUUGCCAAAAGUUCUGUUUGCUAAGCUCUGCUAGAACCCAGGGAUUGGUGGAUCAAAUGUGUAGGAGAAAAACCAGCAGCAUAUCAAAAAUCUAUAUUAAAAAAAAUUAAAGCAUUAUACUGAGACUAACUCAACGGUUAUGUUGGUGCCACAUGAGUGUGAAGGACAGAAUUUGGGCCUUAUGUUCCAACGGAGAAACAGCUAUGAACAAAAUGCACUCCUUUUUGAAAGGUUAUUUUUUCUUGGCCGAUGUCAAAACCAUUGUGUGUAAAUAAGUCAUCAUUGACAUAGGUAAUAAUCUGAAACAGAACGAUGGAUUCUGCCUGAGUUGUCUGUGUGUGACCAACAAUAAACAUGGGUUUUUUUUAACA